CCACACACACAACUUUAUCACACCACGCAGUACCCAUCAAAUAACACCAUGUCGAGGCACAGAAACGUCCGCAACCUUGUGGAAGACGACUAUUAUGAUGGUUACGACGACGACUAUUACGACGACGAGGAUUACUACGACGAUUACGACUACAACUACGCUCCGAAGCAGGCCCCCGCCCCGAGCGUUGCAGCGGCAAAGCCGAAAGCGACCACCUACACGGCCCAGCUGGUCGCUCCCAAAUCGACYYCCGGGUCGAAGAAAAACACGGGCGCAACGGUCUCGUCCGGUGUGGGCGUGACCAAGGCGCCACCGGGGUGGGGAAAGCCGUCCGCSGUUGCGGUUUCGGUCCCGCCGCCGCRGGGUCCACCGCCGGGAAUCGCCAAGCCCCCCGCCGGAUGGGGAAAGCCGGCGGCCGGCACCAAGGGCGGCAGCGGARACGGCGGCAAUGCCACCGCAAAGACGGCGGGGGGGUCGGCCAAGCCCCGGACCAAGAGCCCGAAGCGGCAGGCGGCGGCUCCCUACGUUCCCAAACCCCUCCCGGCCUUUGUCGGGAACCAAACCUCCCAGCUGUCCAUGGUCAUCCUCGGCCACGUGGACGCCGGGAAGUCCACCCUCAUGGGGCAGAUCCUGGUCCAGACGAACCAGGUUUCCAAGCGGGACGCGGCCAAGCAGGCCAACCUCAGCUGGCUCCUGGACGAGAACGAAUCGGAGCGGGCCCGGGGAGUGACGAUGGAACUAGGAACCAAGACCCUCCGGGUGCCCAGGCACGACAUCGUGGUGCUGGACGCCCCGGGGCACCACGAUUUUAUACCCGUGUAAGCACGACUGUCAGCGCGAGCAGGAUUCCGAGCGUGGCAACGGAGCUCGUCGUGCGGUGCAUGCCGCGUCGUUCCAAAGAGCUUUUGCUUGCGAUUGCGAUUGCGUUAGCGUUUGUUUCGRUUUUCUCCAAAGCCGAUUGGAAGCAGAUCCAGGCUCCCGUGUUGUGGAACAAACCGCUCAUCGAUGCACUCUUUGCCAAACCGAUUUUGGAAUUUCUGUUCGUCUCAACCAUUCUUUUUUKGGGGGGGACACUUCCCGUCCACCUCGUUUGUCGUUUGCGAUUUGGCGAUGGAUUCCUUCGUCUCUUCCGCCCUUUUACAACACAGGAUGAUCACGGGUGCCGCCAACGCGGACGUUGCCAUUCUCGUGAUCGCAGCSGUGACGGGGGAAUUCGAGGCGGGAUUCACGGGGGGAGGCCAAACCAAGGAACACAUCAUGCUCGCGAGGGGGCUGGGCGUCACGCAGAUCAUUGUUGCCGUCAACAAACUAGACGUGGAGGGAUGGAAAGAGGAGCGGUACCAAGAAAUCCAGAACAAGGUAAAGGACUUUUUGCUCAAGCAAGAAUUCAAGCCCAAGCGCAUCAAGUUUGUCCCUAUUUCCGGUUUGGCCGGCGAAAACGUAAAGGCCCGAAAAAGCCCCGAGCUAUCARAGUGGUACAAGGGGCCUACGCUGUUGGAAGCCGUAAACGACUUUUUCCCCGCCAAYCGACACAUAGGUGCGUCUCGGAGGCAACCGUUGCUAGAAACAUGUGUGCCCUACUUUCAGUGYUCGUUUGCUUGAAAAAUCGAUCCUAGGAGUCCUUCGAUGAUCCGUUCAACUCACUUUUUGGUUUUUCGAAAUUUUACGAUUCUUGUCGAAAUCACGAAAACACAACAAUCAUCGUCAUUAUCGUCGUCGUGGUCAUUAUCAUCAUCAWCAACAACAAUUAUUAUUAUUAUCUAACAGAGAAACCCCUGCGAUUUAUCGUCACGGAUGUCUUUGCGGAAGGGAAAGGGAUAGUGACCCGCGGUCGCGUCAUUCAGGGGUUUGUCGAAGUGGGCGAUUCCUUGGUAGUUUUGCCGGUGGGAGACAUCGUAAAGGUCUCCAAGCUCGAACACCUGCAGCCCCCAUCGGACGGAAGCGACGAUCCYAGGCGGCUAUCGGUGGCCACGGCMGGCGACACGGUCCAGCUCGUCGUAACCGACAUCGAUAUCAUGCGCCUCUCCACCGGGAACAUUCUCUGCUUCCCCAAUGCCAGGCCACCCCUCACCCGAAAGGCCAGGGCCAGGAUCGUCGUGAUGGACGACCUUUCCGUGCCGAUCAUCCGGGGGGCGCAGGUGAUUUUCCACAUGCACAGCCUCGACGUUCCCACGGUGCUGACAAAGCUCGUGGCGGUUCUAAAGCGGGACGGGUCCGUGAAAAAGGAGCGCCCCCGCGCCCUGACCAGGGGCGUUAGCGCCAGCGUGGAGCUCAMCGUGAGCGACAAGAUCGUGAUGGAGGCCUUCUCCGAAUGCCGAUCCCUCGGGCGUUUUGUCCUGCGGAGGGGCGGCGAAACGAUAGCCAUUGGUGUGAUCGACGAGACGCUGUGACGGAAUGACAAACGGAGCAAAAUAAAAAAUAUAGAACAAAAUGCAUGCUUGACAUUGUGCAGCACAUUGUGCAGCACAUUGUGCAGCACAUUGUGCAGCACAUUGUGCAGCACAUUGUGCAGGAAGAACUGGAAUGGAAGGUGGUCGAGCCUACGCGUACCUAAGUGAAUGGUAUGCUCAAAGCAAUGACCAAACCCUUCUUUGUUUUGGACAGGUGAUGUGAUAUGAAUUUCUUGUGUGAUUAAAAUUACUGGCGUCGUUUCUCUGUUUAGUGUGAAUCAAUGUGGGUAUUCGUUUCGCUUGAAGGAGUGUCAGCAUAGCUUGUUAGCACUACCGUUAGGAAUUACUUCACGUGCUGCUUCUCGGCCCCGGGAACCGGGCGGUAUCCACCACGCAUUCCGGUGUAGGCAUCGUUGGCAGCAGCGCGCCUCUUUCGUCUGUAUAGGAAUACCCCCAACAAAAAGAGGAGAAACAGUAGAGCUGGCCCGGCCGCGCUGCUAUCAUCAUCAUCGUACCAGUUGUCAUCGGUGAGAAUACCAUUCGGAGCGUCCGCUCCCAAAUCUGCCGAGUGAGUAUCGAACGUAUUGUCGKUAGUUCCGGCUACAUUUUCCUCGGCGUCGGAGGCAUCAAAAUCCGCCCCRAACUCGUAAUUACCUCCGUAGUCUUCACCGUUUUGGGCUUCAUCCACACCAAAAGCAUCCAGCCCAUCUUGUGCGUCGUCGUACAAAUCAGUGUCUCCGUAGUCUUCAUCGAAUCCCGAUUCGUUCAUGGUUUCAUCCACUCCAUAAMCAUCGAGCCCAAUUCCUGCAUCUAAAUAAUCAUCGUUCCCGUUGUUGUUUCCAGAGUCCAGAUCGAAUCCAAACUUCUCAUUGGUUUCAUCGACAUCACUAUCCAAAUCUUCGGGAAGUUCCUCGUCUGCCACAUCUUCCUGCAGUAUUUCUUCCUCCACAAUCGGUGCGRCGGGGACAUCUUCUCCGGUGACUACUGCUGCUUCAGUAGGUUCCGCGGCCCCUGCUGGUACUACUGUUACUUCGUCUACAAGAGGUGCAGUGGGUUCGUCUUUUGCAGCGGAUUCCUCUCCUGCUACUUCUUCGGCGACCGGCGCCACUUGCUCUGCUACUACUUCGUCUACAAGAGGGUUAGCG